AACAAAACUAGUACUGUAUUUAAGAAAUUUGGAAUUUUCCUUAAUAACGAAUUAACGAUGUUAUUAACCUGAAAAAAAUCCCCCAAAAUCUAUAAUUAGUCUCCUCAAAGUGUUAAAUCUUCGUCGAUCACGAUCAGCCAAAUAAAGAGCGACCCUCGAUUCUCUCUGAGUUCUAUCUCUGUCUCUGGAAACUACAAUGUCUUAUUAUUAAUUAAAACCCUAAUUCCAGGUUGAAAACGGAUGCGAGACAAAAUGAAGGCAGGAAGUGCUGCCAAGUUGAUUGUAGAUGCGUUGCUGCAGCGGUUUCUUCCUCUAGCUCGUCGCCGAAUCGAAACAGCUCAGGCUCAGGAUGGACAGUAUCUUCGACCAUCUGACCCUGCCUAUGAGCAGGUGCUAGAUUCCUUGGCUAUGGUUGCACGACACACACCUGUUCCUCUUCUAGAAGCUCUUCUAAGAUGGCGAGAAAGUGAAUCCCCAAAGGGCGCAAAUGAUGCAUCUACAUUCCAAAGAAAGCUUGCUGUCGAGUGCAUUUUUUGCUCAGCUUGUAUCCGCUUUGUCGAGUGCUGUCCACAAGAGGGACUUACUGAGAAGCUUUGGUCUGGUCUUGAAAAUUUUGUUUUCGAUUGGCUAAUUAAUGCUGACAGGGUUGUUAGCCAGGUCGAGUAUCCCUCACUAGUUGAUUUGCGGGGUCUUCUCCUUGACUUAGUUGCUCAACUCCUGGGUGCCUUAUCUCGGAUCAGAUUUAGUUCUGUAACUGAGCGCUUUUUCAUGGAAUUGAAUACUCGUCGGAUAGACAGUAGUGUUGCCAGAAGUGAGACCCUUAGUAUUAUAAAUGGGAUGCGCUACCUGAAACUAGGGGUUAAGACUGAGGGAGGAUUGAAUGCAUCGGCCUCUUUUGUGGCCAAAGCAAACCCUCUUACCCGUGCUCCACAUAAACGGAAAAGUGAGCUUUACCAUGCACUAUGCAACAUGCUUUCAAGCAUCCUAGCACCACUUGCAGAUAGUGGGAAGAAUCAAUGGCCUCCAACUGGUGUAGAGCCAGCACUCACUCUGUGGUAUGAAGCUGUUGGGCAAAUCAGAGAGAAUCUCCUGCAUUGGAUGGACAAACAGAGCAAACAUAUUGCUGUUGGUUAUCCUUUGGUGACUCUUCUUCUCUGUCUUGGUGAUCCACAAAUAUUCCAGGGCAACUUAAGCUCUCACAUGGAGCAACUCUACAAGCUUCUUCGAGACAAGAAUCAUCGUUUCAUGGCUUUAGACUGUCUUCAUAGAGUUUUGAGAUUCUAUUUGAGUGUUCAUGCAGCUAACCAACCCCCAAAUCGUAUAUGGGAUUACCUUGAUAGUGUUACUUCCCAACUCUUAACAGUUUUGAGGAAAGGAAUGCUAACUCAAGAUGUACAGCAUGAUAAACUGGUAGAAUUCUGUGUGACUAUAGCAGAACAUAACCUUGAUUUUGCCAUGAACCAUAUGAUCUUAGAAUUGCUGAAGCAAGAUAGCCCAAGUGAAGCAAAAGUUAUUGGUUUGCGUGCUUUGCUUGCCAUUGUUAUGUCUCCUUCAAGUGAGCGUGUUGGCUUGGAAAUAUUUAAAGGUCAUGAUAUUGGUCACUACAUACCUAAAGUAAAGGCUGCAAUUGAGUCAAUAUUAAGGUCCUGCAAUAGGACAUAUAGCCUGGCUCUUCUGACUUCUUCAAGGACAACAAUAGAUGCUGUAACCAAAGAAAAGUCUCAAGGAUAUUUGUUCCGGUCAGUGCUGAAGUGCAUACCUUACCUAAUUGAAGAAGUUGGCCGAAGCGAUAAGAUAACUGAAAUAAUACCUCAACAUGGGAUAAGCAUUGAUCCUGGUGUUCGUGAGGAAGCAGUUCAGGUACUGAAUCGGAUUGUUAGGUACCUUCCUCAUCGUCGCUUUGCAGCUAUGAGAGGAAUGGCCAACUUCAUUCUCCGAUUACCUGAUGAAUUCCCUCUUUUGAUUCAAACAUCAUUGGGGCGACUGUUAGAACUUAUGCGUUUUUGGAGAGCUUGUCUUAUUGAUGAUAAACUGGCACAAGAUGCUCAAGAUCCAAAGCAGAUGGUGCAGCAAAACAUUGGAUUCAAGAAGUCUUCUUUCCAUCAAUCAGGGGAUGCUAUUGAGUUUCGUGCAUCGGAGAUAGAUGCAGUUGGCCUCAUCUUCCUUAGCUCCGUGGAUAGCCAAAUUCGUCACACAGCAUUGGAGUUAUUGCGCUGUGUACGAGCCUUAAGGAAUGACAUACGAGACCUUACACUUUCCAAGCAGCCAGAACAUAGCAUAAGAUACGAAGCCGAACCUAUAUUUAUAAUUGAUGUGCUGGAAGAACAUGGGGAGGACAUAGUUCAGAGUUGUUACUGGGACUCUGGUCGUCUGUUUGAUUACAGACGAGAAUCUGAUACAAUUCCUCCCGAGGUGACUCUUCAGUCUAUAAUAUUUGAGAGUCCUGAUAAGAACAGGUGGGCAAGGUGUCUUAGUGAGCUCGUCAAAUAUGCAGCUGAACUUUGCCCAAGCUCAGUUCAAGAUGCAAAGCUGGAGGUUUUAAAUCGUCUUGCUCAUAUUACACCUGCGGAGUUAGGUGGAAAAGCUAAUCAGUCUCAAGAUGUAGAUAACAAACUGGAUCAGUGGCUCAUGUAUGCAAUGUUUGUAUGUUCAUGUCCACCAGAUAAUAAGGAAUCUGGGAGUGUAUCUGCAACCAGAGACCUUUACCAUCUUAUUUUUCCCUCUCUGAGAUCUGGAUCAGAAGCACACAUUCAUGCUGCCACCAUGGCUCUUGGGCACUCACACCUGGAAUCUUGUGAGAUAAUGUUUAGUGAACUCACAUCUUUUGUUGAGGAGCUUUCUUCUGAAACAGAGGGAAAACCAAAGUGGAAGAGUCAAAAACAGACACGCCGUGAGGAUCUUCGAGUCCAUAUUGCUAAUAUUUAUCGCAAUGUUGCUGAGAAUAUUUGGCCAGGAUUCUUGGGUCGAAAGCCUGUAUUCCGUCGCCAUUAUCUGAGGUUUAUUGAAGACACAACUAAAUAUAUUACAGCAGCAUCUGCUGAUAGUUUUCAAGAAACACAACCACUACGCUAUGCACUUGCUUCUGUUUUACGAUCUCUGGCACCUGAAUUUGUAGAUUCAAAAUCAGAGCGAUUUGAUCUUAGAAACCGGAAGAAACUUUUUGAUCUUCUUCUAUCUUGGUGUGAUGACUUAGGAAGUACAUGGGGACAGGAUGGUGUUAGUGACUAUCGACGUGAAGUUGAACGUUAUAAGACUUCGCAACACAGAUCAAAGGAUUCUGUGGACAAAAUUUCAUUUGACAAAGAAUUGAGUGAACAAGUUGAGGCAAUCCAGUGGGCCUCAAUGACUGCAAUGGCUUCACUAUUGUAUGGGCCUUGUUUUGAUGACAAUGCAAGAAAAAUGAGUGGCAGGGUUAUAUUUUGGAUUAAUAGUUUAUUCAAUGAGCCUGCUCCUAAGGCCCCAUAUGGUUACUCGCCAGUUGACCCGAGAACCCUGUCUUAUUCCAAAUACACAGGAGGGCGUGGAGCCGCUGGUCAUGAUAGGCAUAAAGGUGGGCAUCAUCGUGUUGCCUUAGCAAAAUUAGCUUUGAAAAAUCUUCUUCUUACAAAUUUGGAUCUGUUUCCUGCUUGCAUUGAUCAGUGCUAUUACUCUGAUCCUGCUAUAGCUGAUGGCUACUUCAGCAUACUGGCUGAGGUUUACAUGAGACAAGAGAUACCAAAAUGUGAAAUUCAGAGGCUCUUGAGCCUGAUCCUCUACAAGGUAGUGGACCCAUCUAGACAAAUUCGUGAUGAUGCCCUUCAGAUGCUUGAGACGCUCUCUAUCCGCGAAUGGGCAGAAGAUGGCAUGGAAGGCUCAGGUAGCUAUCGAGCUGCUGUUGUUGGUAAUCUCCCUGAUUCCUACCAGCAGUUUCAGUAUAAGCUCUCAUGCAAAUUAGCCAAAGAUCACCCUGAAUUGAGCCAACUCCUCUGUGAAGAGAUAAUGCAGAGACAACUUGAUGCUGUUGAUAUAAUUGCACAGCAUCAGGUAUUAACCUGUAUGGCUCCAUGGAUCGAAAACCUGAACUUUUGGAAACUUAAGGACUCUGGUUGGAGUGAAAGAUUAUUAAAAAGUCUUUAUUACGUGACAUGGAGGCAUGGAGAUCAGUUUCCUGAUGAAAUCGAGAAGCUUUGGAGCACAAUUGCCAGCAAGCCCCGGAACAUUAGUCCAGUUUUAGAUUUCUUGAUUACCAAAGGAAUUGAGGAUUUUGAUUCAAAUGCAUCUGCUGAAAUAAGUGGUGCUUUUGCCACAUAUUUCUCAGUUGCCAAGCGAGUUAGCCUGUAUCUAGCACGUAUAUGUCCACAACGCACCAUUGAUCACCUAGUUUACCAACUAUCUCAGCGGAUGCUGGAAGAUAGCAUUGAACCAAUUGGGACAGGUGCAAACAAGGGUGAUGCCAAUGGAAAUUUCAUUUUGGAAUUUUCUCAGGGGCCGGCAGCAGCCCAGAUUGCAUCUGUUGCAGACAGCCAGCCACAUAUGUCACCAUUACUUGUCCGGGGUUCACUUGAUGGUCCAUUGAGAAAUACUAGUGGAAGCCUGAGUUGGCGUACUGCUGGUGUUACUGGGCGAAGCGCCUCAGGCCCUCUAAGUCCAAUGCCCCCAGAAUUAAACAUUGUUCCUGUAACUGCAGGCAGGUCAGGUCAGUUGCUUCCAGCUUUGGUAAACAUGUCAGGGCCUUUAAUGGGGGUUCGAAGUUCCACUGGAAGUUUACGGAGCCGCCAUGUUUCCCGAGACAGUGGAGACUACCUGAUUGACACACCAAAUUCUGGUGAAGAUAUCUUGCAUUCUGCGGUUGGUAUGCAUGGUGUCAAUGCUAAAGAACUUCAGUCAGCUUUGCAAGGGCACCAGCAGCACUCACUUACUCGUGCAGAUAUAGCAUUGAUUCUACUGGCAGAAAUUGCAUACGAGAAUGAUGAAGACUUUCGAGAGCACUUACCUCUGCUCUUUCACGUAACAUUUGUUUCAAUGGACAGCUCUGAGGAUAUUGUACUGGAGCACUGCCAACAUUUACUUGUUAAUCUACUAUACUCACUUGCAGGUCGGCACUUGGAGCUGUAUGAGGUUGAAAGCAGUGAUGGAGAGAACAAGCAACAGGUUGUUAGUCUGAUCAAGUAUGUUCAGUCAAAACGGGGGAGCAUGAUGUGGGAGAAUGAGGACCCUACAGUUACAAGGACUGAGCUUCCUAGUGCUGCACUUCUUUCUGCCCUUGUUCAGAGUAUGGUUGAUGCAAUCUUCUUCCAAGGAGAUCUUCGUGAGACCUGGGGUGUUGAGGCACUCAAAUGGGCUAUGGAGUGCACGUCAAGACACCUUGCUUGUCGUUCUCACCAGAUAUAUCGUGCAUUACGGCCUAGUGUUACAAGUGAUACAUGUGUGCUACUCCUUCGUUGUCUACAUAGAUGCUUGGGAAAUCCAAUACCUCCUGUUCUGGGCUUUAUCAUGGAAAUUUUACUGACAUUGCAAGUGAUGGUUGAGAACAUGGAGCCAGAAAAGGUGAUACUCUACCCACAACUCUUUUGGGGUUGUGUGGCAAUGAUGCACACAGAUUUCGUUCAUGUCUACUGCCAGGUUCUGGAGCUUUUCUCACGUGUGAUUGACCGUCUAUCAUUCCGGGACAGAACAAUUGAGAAUGUCCUCCUUUCCAGCAUGCCUCGAGAUGAGCAUAGUGGUGAUAUUGGGGACCUUCAGCGUAUGGAAUCUAGGGGCUAUGACUUGCCAGUAACCAGUGGCAAUCUGCCUGCAUUUGAAGGAGUCCAGCCUCUUGUGCUUAAAGGACUCAUGUCCACUGUUAGUCAUGGUGUAGCCAUUGAGGUCCUCUCUCGUAUCACAGUGCACUCGUGUGACUCCAUUUUUGGGGAUCGUGAGACUAGGCUUCUGAUGCACAUUACAGGAUUACUACCCUGGCUUUGCUUACAGCUCAGCAAAGAUCCAUUGGUGUGCCCAGCUUCACCACUCCAGCAACAGCACCACAAAGCCUGCUCUGUUGCUGCCAACAUCGCGAUUUGGUGUCGAGCAGAAUCAUUGGAUGAAUUAGCUACUGUGUUCAUGGCUUACUCCGGAGGUGAGAUCACAAGCAUUGAUAAUCUCCUGGCCUGCGUCUCACCAUUGUUGUGCAAUGAAUGGUUCCCUAAGCACUCAGCUUUGGCUUUUGGACACUUGUUACGGCUACUGGAGAGAGGUCCAGUUGAAUAUCAACGAGUAAUAUUGCUCAUGCUUAAGGCAUUGCUCCAGCACACUCCCAUGGAUUCGGCUCAGAGCCCACACAUGUAUGCUAUUGUAUCCCAGCUAGUGGAGAGCACUUUGUGUUGGGAGGCACUAAGUGUAUUAGAAGCUCUAUUGCAGAGCUGUAGCUCAUUGACUGGUUCACACCCGCACGAGUCUGGGUCAUUUGAAAAUGGGACAGAUGAAAAGAUGCUAGCUCCCCAGACCUCAUUUAAGGCACGAAGUGGGCCACUACAGUAUGCUUUAGGAUCAGGUUUCGGGAUAGGUUCAACAUCAGCUCCACAAGCAGUUCCCAACGAGUCAGGUACAACACCUAGAGAAGUGGCUUUGCAAAAUACUCGUUUGAUCCUCGGGCGGGUGCUCGAUAGCUGUGCCCUGGGUCGAAGAAGGGAAUAUAGAAGGCUGGUGCCUUUCGUGACCACAAUUGGAAACCCAUGACCUACUGGCUUUGCAUAUGUUUCAACUUUUCUCAUUUUCUUUUUUGUUAUACCUUCAGCUUUAAUUCAAAUGCUGUUCAUUGUAAAAAAAGGCAUCAUAAAGAACUGUUAAUUGUAGAAUAUUUUAGGGAAGAAGGGCAAACCAUUGCAGAUACCUUGAGGUCAAUGCCUUGUAUCCACCCAUCAGUUUCAUGUAUAAUUUAUAUGCUAUAUAAUCCCGUCCCAUUCUUAUA